AUGUCGGCGUACUCGGCAAGCAUCUACUCGGUAGAUGAAGAUGGAGUUUCGCUGCCCGCGGCUUUACCUCCUCCUCCUCCUCUUCCACUAUCAUCUCGCCGACGAGUGGCUGCUGGGCCGUUUUCCCGCCCUACUCCUCCUCUUCCGCAUUUUAUCUUCCCGGCUGCCCCUUCUCCACCUCGCUCUCGCCCUCUACCACAUUUUGUUUAUCCUGCUUCUCCUCCCGCCCCUGCUCCUCUUGCCCUACCUUCCCCUCCCAUCUCCUCCCGCCCUCCACCACCUCCCACUAUCAUCCCACGUCAAUCUCCUCCUCCUCUCACCACCACAUCCCACCCCUCCCGACCCGCUGGGUCCGGCCCACACCUAGCCGACUUCUUCAUCGGAGGCAGACACGGCACCGGCCUCACCCAACUAUCGGACAUCGCCCGCCUCGCCGACGAGACUCUCUCCGCCAUAGAGAAACAUAGCAAGACCGGCACCCUCAUGGGCAGCAUCAAGACGAUGUUGCAUCACACGCCAGAGUUCGUGGCUGGGUUGAAGGAGUUGGCGGAGAUGGUGAAGGAGGUUGCGAGGGCUGUUGAGGAACUGGGGUUCUUGUGGGGGAUUGAGUUGUUUAGGGUGCAUGGGUCGUUGGGGACUACAUUAAAAGCUCUUCGGAGCAUGACAUUCGGGCUCUUUGCCGUGGUCUCUCGUGAGAAGAAGCUGCCGAAACUUGUGAGAGCGAAAGUGUUGGAGUACUCUGGGAAGCUGCACUAUGAGCUGGAGAGAUUGGUUCGGGGCUUUGAGACUCUUCUUGGGGCUCGGCUUGUGGAGUAUGAGGUUAUGUUGAAGAAGAUUAAGGAUGUGCGGUCGGUGCUGAGGAAGCAGGAGGGGAUUGAGGAUCCGAGGAAUGCGUAGAGGGGUUUUGGAGGGGGGCGAUUUCUGACGCCGCUUUGGGAUUUCGCCUGGGGUUUGGGGGAGUUUGAGAGGAUUUGGGACGUGGGAAUGGAGAGAAAGAAAUGUUCGGAGAUGCAUUCGGUGGACAAAAUUUAAAUUUCGUUUUUCUCUUGGGCUCUACAUAAACUACCCAAUGCAAUGACUGAAUGGGAAAAGGCAAACGAAAAACAACGUGUGAAGCAGUUCUUGAAGCCCCUAAACACGAUAAUGCUUUUUUUAUAGUGGAAAAUGCGCCAAAUUGAAAUACUCGAACAUAGAAAAGGAAACAACCUAAACAACUGGGUUUGGAUGUCUAACAAGUAGAGCGUGGUUAAAAGGUAGAAAAGCUUACCGAGCAAUAGAAAACCGUAUAGUACUCACAGGUGACACUCGAAUCAUCUGCAAUGGAUUUCGAAAAUUGUGAUUUUAUUCUCGAGAUGGAAGGUUGAAAGUGAAAGGUG